AUGUCUCAAAUUGGUGAUGGUAGGGAUACUAAUGCAUGGGAGGAUUCUUGGCUUCCAUGUGGUCCUCUUUCGGCUUUUAUGACUUAUCGGUUCAUCUAUUCUUGUGGUUUUUCUCCUGCAACUACGAUACGUGAGCUUGUCAUGAGUUUGAAUGGAGUUUGGCCUGAUGAUUGGUGUGCUAGGUUUGAUGUGCUUAAUUCUUUUCCUUUGCCUUCAUUAAAUGAUUCUAUUCGGGAUCAUGUUCUUUGGGGGGAUGAUUGUACUUCUUGUUCGAGAUUUGAAGUUAGAAAUGCUUGGGCAUCGUUGGAGGGUUCUUAUCCGGUUGUACCUUGGUAUAAAUCGGUGUGGUUCUCUGGUCAUAUUCCUAAACAUGCUUUUUGUUUAUGGCUUGCUUGCCAGAGGCGUCUUCCUACUCAAGACCGUUUACUUUGGAAGGAUGAACCUCCUGACCUAGAGUGCUCGCUUUGUGGUCAGAGUGUGGAUAGCCAUGCACAUUUAUUUUUCCAGUGUACUUUUGCUCGUAAAGUUUGGGAUAACGUCUUGCGUAUUGUUGAUUUGACUACUAUGCCUUAUGUGUGGGAUCAAAUUUUGGAAACUAUUUCGGAUUCUAAUCAUCGUCCAAAGCGGUUAAAGCAGAAACUUGCGGUAGCGACUUCUGUCUAUUUCAUUUGGCAAGAACGAAAUCGAAGACUUUUUACUGGGGAUCGUCGAAAUGCCAUGCAGAUUAUUCAAGUCAUUGUUCAGACACUUGAAAUUCGUGUGGCUGGGUAA